AAAGGAAGAGGAAAACGAUUAAGCUAAAACGGCAUUAAACUAAAACUUGCUGCAAAUCACGUGCAGUAAAUUAUAAACGCACCAGGAUGAGGUUAUGCUUGAAACAGUGGAGACUGAACAACAUACCGACCACGUUUAUAUGAUUGAGAGGCGGGAUAAAGAAACUGUAGGGCGGGGUCCGGGUCCGAUAUGUGUAAACCGGCCUCAGACACAAAACAUAAACCGUGUCAAGUUGCGGGAGCUGAGUGCAAGAGGAUGACUGUUCAGCUCGGCGAUGAAUAAUGUUCAUUUCGCCCGGAUUCUGCUUGUAACUUCAAUGGGGAAAGCGCUGUCUCUGGCGCACACACACACAAUGUGAGUGGAUCCAACGGGCUCGUCAAUAGCCGCAGGCAGCUCCAGCCCUGAUGCCCUGGGCGACAGCAGCGGUCACACAAGAGGCAAGCGAGCGGCUUGUGGAGGCUGGAGGGGGAACAGGCGAGGGGCACUCGCCCAGCCCGCUGAGCCGAUGGCUCGGAAGUUAGGAGCGGCAACCCAUCUCACCCAAUUCCUUUGCUGCCUGGCUCUGGCUUGUUCUGCAAAUAAAGCGGGCAAAGAGAGAAACAGUAACUUGAAGACAGAAACUCCAAUGUACGAGCACAUCACCAAAUAUGAAAUAAUGGAACCACGGUGGCUCUCCUCAGGACCUUCGGAAAACCUUCUGUCUCAUAAUCAGCACCCGACUUGGGCAGAGAUCCGAGUCACAGCUGAAGGAAGAGAAUACGUUUUACAGAUCCAGAAAAAUGAGCAGCUAUUGGCACCGGUUUAUGCUGAGACUCAUUAUGGCCGGGAUGGAAAGCGAAGGACCAGUUCCCCUAGUCACAAGGCGCACUGUUUUUACCAUGGCAAUGUGAAGGGCUUUGAGCAUUCCAGUGUAGUACUGAGCACAUGCGGAGGCCUGCGGGGACUGAUCGUUCUGAACACCAACGUCAGUUAUCUGGUGCAGCCGCAUGUCGAUGGUCUCGACCAACAUCUCAUCUACAGGGCUGGGUAUCUAAAGCUGAAGAGUGGGACCUGUGGUCUCCAACAGAAUGAGCAAAUGGAAAACUGGUUCAAAGAUUUCACCAGCCUUUUUCAUCCAACUCAUCACCGGAACAAGAGAGAUGUGGUGAGGGAUAUGAAGUAUGUGGAACUGUAUUUAGUGGCUGAUUAUGCUGAGUUUCAGAAACAUCAGUGGGAUCUCGAGAAAACAAAACUGAAAUUGAAGGAAACUGCCAACUAUGUCGAUAAGUAUUACAGGUCACUCAAUAUCAGGAUUGCACUGGUUCACCUGGAGGUAUGGACUCAUGGGAACAUGUGUGAAGUGAAGGAGAACCCCUACAGCACCCUCUGGUCCUUUCUGAAAUGGAGACGUCAGGCACUGGCCCAGAAGAAGCAUGACAAUGCGCAGCUGAUCACGGGGAUCACCUUCAAUGGCACGACCAUUGGCUUGGCAUCGUUGAUGGGCAUGUGUUCAGAUUAUCAGUCAGGUGGUGUGAAUAUGGAUCACUCUGACAGUGCAGUUGGUGUUGCUGCUACAAUGGCCCAUGAGAUGGGGCACAACUUUGGGAUGAGCCAUGACGCAGAUGGCUGCUGCGCAGCCCGCCCAGAGGACGGAGGGUGUAUCAUGGCCGCAGCCACGGGUGCCCCAUUUCCCAAAGUUUUUAACAAGUGCAAUGAAAAGGAGCUUCAGAAGUAUCUGCACAAAGGUGGAGGGAUGUGUCUGUUCAACAUGCCUGAUGCAAACACAUUGUAUGGAGGACGAAGAUGCGGGAAUGGCUAUGUGGAGCAAGGCGAGCAGUGUGACUGUGGGGAAGUGGAGGAAUGCACAAACAUUUGUUGUAAUGCCAAUAACUGCACUCUGAAGAUUAAUGCAGAAUGUGCUCAUGGGGUCUGCUGUCAUAACUGCAAGUUGAAGAGCCCUGGCACGGUCUGCAGGAAGUCAUCUGGAGCCUGUGACUUACCCGAGCACUGCUCCGGCAACUCUGAGUUUUGUCCAGCCAACUUUUACCAGAUGGAUGGGGUCAGCUGCGAUGGAGGUCAGGCCUAUUGCUACAAUGGGAUGUGCUUGACUUAUGAAAGCCAGUGUGUGCUGCUCUGGGGACCUGGGGCUCGAGUUGCUCCAGCACAAUGCUUCGAGAAGGUGAAUGAUGCCGGCGACACAUAUGGCAACUGUGGCAAAGAUCACCGGGGAAGUUACCGCAAGUGUGAAGCCAGGAAUGCCAAGUGUGGGAAAAUACAGUGUCAGAGUUAUGCGAAGAAGCCUCUUGAGGCAAAUGCUGUCCCCAUAGACACCACGAUUACUGUGAAUGGGAGGAUGGUGCAAUGCAGGGGCACCCACGUGUACACAACUCCUGAGCUGGAAGGUGACAUGCUGGAUCCAGGACUUGUCAUGACUGGAACAAAAUGUACCGAAAACCAUAUCUGCUUUGAGGGCCAGUGUCAGAGUGCUGUGUUCCUGGCAGCUGAUGAGUGUGCUGCGAAAUGUCACAGCCACGGGGUCUGUAACAACAACCGCAAUUGCCACUGUGAGCCUGGCUGGGCGCCACCCUUCUGUGACAACUCAGGCCAUGGAGGCAGCGUGGAUGGUGGAGUUGGAAGGCCCAACUAUAAUAGCCUGGUUGCAGCAGGAAUCGUGGUGCUAGUAAUCUUGUUGCUGUGUGGCAUUGGAGCCAUUUUGUAUUACUGUUACCGAAGGGGAUGCAACUACUGUCCGAAUGGCAUCAGGAAUCCAAGGCCCGAUGCCAAACAAUUCUGUGGAUUACCUGGCAUGCUGAAGGAUUACGAACGAUAUGUGAGGAAGAAUGUGAGCAGCGCUAUUUCUUUAUCCACUGCUGAUAGUACCGAUCAAAAAAUCAACAAUGGCCAUUCAAACCCAACCUUCCAAAUCAGAAACAAAGAUACAAAGACUGUACAACCACAAAGUCCUGCAGUGCCUCCAAAACCACGAUUACCUCACUCUGUUCAGCGACCUCCGCGCCCGGUCUUACCGGUUCUCCGGUGUACCUCUCCAUCCAGCCAGAACCCGCAGGGCAAUAACAUGCCUAGUCCUCGAAGACCAGGAUUGCAGACUUCAAUAACUGUAAAGGAUGUGAAUGUUAAGUUUUCAAAACAAACUCCUCCUAACAAACCUCUGCCAGCAGACCCACCCCCUCGGACUCCAAAGGUUUUACAAAGACACACAGAGCUGAGUCAUAGUCUUAGUGUCCAGAUGAAUAAGAAACCAUUGCUGCCACCAGGUAGAGGCAGACCACAGGAGAACAGAGUUGCUUCCAAAACGGGCCCAUACAAAAGGGACCAUCUCUAGCCUGUGCCAAUCAAGCAGUGUCUGGCUUUUACAGAGACCUUCCUGGAACACCUCAAGAAGCACUUGCACUAUCCCUAUCUCUGCUGCUUUGGGAUCUCAUGGUUUCAAUGCCAGCGGAACAAUAAAUGUGACCUCCAGUUCAAAGCAGCUGUAAAUAUAGGGGAGCCGUUCUUGUAACAUGCAUGGCCAAAAUUACAACCCAGAUCUACCUAGCUCAAGUCAUUUGUUUCUGAAUUGAAAUUGUGGGAGCAUUCCCAAGGAGUAUGAAAGAUCACUUACAUUUCGUCAUUCAGUCUUCUCCUUAUGGGCAGAAAGCAUUGCCUUCUCCAUUAUCAAGUGACAGCGAGAUGUCUCUGAAUCCUUGACUUGGGGUGGCUAUUCUUCAACAUUGACCUGGAAUCAUGAGGAUCGGAAGUUUGAACUCAUUCCUCGCUGAUUCAACCUUGUGCUACACUCCAACGGUGUCAAUGGGAAGCCUUGGGUGAAUUUCCUACCCCAUUUACGACCAAUAUUAAUCGCAGCAUCAAAUGGUGUUGUUUCAAACAUCUUGUGAACAAAAUCAAUCCUGUACAACCAUCGCCAGUGAUUCAAAACAUAACAUAAAUGUUGGUGGCUUGUAAAUGUUGAGAAAGAGUAGAGAGCAGUGCCCAACAACUAUAAACCAGUCAUCUUAACCUCA